UAACGCGUUGUUUGCAGUCAUACCGCCAUAUUGUAUAUGUAGCGCGGGUCACUGGCGCGUGUAUGGGACUUUUUGUGAAUAUUUCGUGAGGUAAAAGUGUGUGAAUCGACAAAAAUCAUAGGAUAAUACACGCGAUGGAUCCGGCAAAAUUAAAAGUGGUUGAAUUGAGAUCGCAGCUGUCUCAGCGAGGUCUUGACACGAAAGGCAACAAAGCGGUGCUUGUUGAGAGACUUCGUAAGGCGUUGGAAGAGGAAACGGAAAACAAAAUAGAACAAAAGAUGACUGAAAAUACAGAAAAUGUGGAUGAUACUGCUUUGAAGGAAGCAAGUAAAAAAUCAGUCCAACCACCGAGAACACCUAGUCGUUCCUCUAGAAGUUCAUCCCUGACGCCAACAAAAAUUAGUACCAGAAGUACACCAAAGCAUGCAACAACACCAUUAUGUAGUAAAUCAUCUACACCAAAUAAAGAACAGUCUGUAGAAAAAGCAAAAGACUUAUUGACUGGAAUAUCGGAGCAAAUUCCAGAUGAACAUAUAACAACCGAAAGAGAUUUAAAAACUCCUCCUCCUCCCCUGCAAAAGGAUCAUCAUGAGGAUGAUGAUGAAGAAGAUGAACAAGAUGCAAUGAUACUUGCCCAAGAAAAAGUACAAACGUCUACUUCUGAUGACUUAAAGGGAUAUUUAAGCGAAGAUCAAAAAGAAGAAGAAGAAGAUAAUUUAUUAAAAGAUGAUGCUGACGAAGAUGCAUUACUGAAAGAUACAUCAGAAGAUGCAUUACUCAAGGAUACAUCGGAAGAUGAAUUAUUGAAAGAUUCAUCGAGAGAUCUAUUACUAAAGGAUACGUUAGAAGAUAAGUCGUUGGAAGAACCAUUGGAAGACGUUGAGGAACAAUCUUCUGAGAUACCCAUAGAUUCGAGUAAAAAAGUCGAAGACAGUCUAGAAGAAAUGAAUGAAAGAGGAGAGCGCGAAGACGUGGAAGAGGAAAAGGAAGAAAAAACAAUUGUUGGUAACAAAAGCACUUCGGAGAAUGUUGAAUCAAUAAAUGAAAAUAAUCAAAAUACAUCGAACGAAGAAGUGCAAAAGGACGUUGAGAAAAAUGAACUAGAUGUAGAAUCAAAGGAUGAUAUUUCCGAUACAGACGGCGAUGUCGAAAUGAAAGAAAAUGUAGAAGCGGUGGAACAUGUUGUUGAAAAAGAGAAAGAUUCAAUGGCAGAACAAUCAACUUCAAUUAUUUGUGAAAAUCAAAAAGAAUCUGACAUGAUACAGUCGGAAGAUGAAAAGAAUACUCAGAUAGAAGAAACAAUAGUUGAAAAAGAUGAUCAACAACAGUUAGAUACAAAAGAAGUGACUGAAGAGGAAUGUAAUAAUGACGUAUCUGUACCUGAUCAGGACGUAGAAAUGGUUGAAGUUAAACGCGAAGAAAAUAUAAAGGAAGAUAAUAAGGACUGUAAUAUGGAUCAUAAUGACAGAAAACGUAAAAGAUCUUCUAGUCCUCCUGAAGAAUACCCUUUAUUACCUUUACCAGAAAAUGAACCUGAAAUUAAUAAUUCUGCUGUAGUUUUAUCUUGGUAUGACUCAGAUUUAAAUUUGCUUAUUGACAAAAAUGGUUUCGUAUCUGCUACACCAAUGCAUAAUGAUGGUUUCUGCUAUAUAUGGGCAGGAGCUCGAGCAUCUUAUGGAUAUACAAGCGGAAAGAUAUAUUACGAAGCAAAGAUCAUUGAUUGCUGUUCUAUUAAUAUACAAGAUGAAGAAUAUUCGCAUGUACUUCGUUUAGGAUGGUCUGCUUCUUAUACUUCUAUGCAGCUUGGUGAAGACAAAUUAAGUUAUGGUUAUAGUGCAAUAGGAAAGAAAUGUACAGAAAAUAAAUUUGAAGAUUAUGGAUCGCAAUUUAAUAAGGAUGAUAUUAUUGGAUGUUAUGCAGACAUGUCGCUUGAAAAUGACGUUAUCUUAUCAUAUACAUUGAAUGGAAAAGAUUUAGGAACUGCGUUUUCUAUAUCCAAAGAAGAGCUUGGAGAUAAAGCAUUAUUUCCACAUGUUCUAAGUAAAAAUUGUACUUUUACUUGUAAUUUUGGUCAAGAGAAACCAUGGAGCGAAGAAAUUUUGGAAGGAUACACGGUAGUUGGUACCGUUGAUUUAGAACAUAGUACCCCUGGACCACGAAGACCAGAGACAAAACAGGAUUGUGAAGUUCUUAUGAUGUGUGGCUUACCGGCUGCUGGAAAAACUGCAUGGGCAACAAAACAUGCGGCACAAUAUCCAGAAAAAAUGUACAAUAUUUUGGGAAUAAGCACGCUUGUUGAUAAAAUGAAAAAUAUGGGCCAACCACGAAAACAAAAUUACCAUGGUAGAUGGGAAGUACUUAUUGAAAAAUGUACUCGUACUUUAAACAAGUUAUUAGAAAUGGCAUGUAGUAGAAGACGUAAUUACAUUUUAGAUCAGACAAAUGUGUAUCCUUCUGCACAAAGACGAAAAAUGAAGAAUUUCCGUGAAUUUCAACGUAAGGCAAUAGUUGUAAUACCAACGAACGAAGAAUUCAAAUCACGUACUGCUAAGCAUGAAGCAAUUGAUGGAAAGGCUGUUCCUGAUUCCGUGGUCAUGGAAAUGAAAGCCAAUUUUAGUGCUCCAGAAGUAGGAGAACUCUUCGAUAAUACGGUUUGGGUUGAACUUAACAAAGAAGAUGGUAGGAAAUUAAUUGAAAAAUACAACAAAGAAGGAAAGGAAGCCGGUUAUGGCCAACAAUCUACCAGUAAACGACCAAGAUUCGAAAGAAGCGAAGGCCACAAAGAUAACCGUGAUUCAAGAAAUAGUCGUGACAGUAGAGAUAGUCGAGACAGUCGAGACAGUCGAGAUAGUCGGGAUCAUCGGGAUCAUCGCGACAGAAGAAAUAAUUAUUCAAAUAGAAAUCGUAAUUCCAUGUGGCGUGGUAGUAGUAGCAUGGGAAGUUGGAGAGACAGAUCUUUAAGAGGAGGUCAUAUGAGGCACAGUGGUGGAUAUGGUCCACCAAGCAAUUGGAGAAGCAGAGGUGGUAUGCCUAUCCCACCACAUCGUGGAGGAGAUAGGAGAGGUGGAAAUAAUGACAGAAGAAGUGGAAAUGAUAGAAAUCGAUCAGUAGCGCGACAAAGUGGUUGGGGUUCUGCAAGUAGUUACCAAGGAUCACAACCAUCAGGAUGGAAUCAACAAGGUGGUAGUUGGUCAAAUAGCAGCCAAUCACAAGGAGGUUGGGGACAAGGAGGAUGGGCAGGACAGCAGCAAUCAGGCAGUUGGAAGAGUUAUGGCCAAGGAUCAUACAGCCAAUGUAGUUACAAUCAACAAGAUUAUGGCAAUGGAAAUUGGAACCAACAGUAUUAUAAUCAGUAUUGGGAUCCGCAGCAGUCAAGUGGGCAGACAACUGCAGCUGGUAGCCAAGCUGUAAGCACAAGUGUAACAGAAAUCUCUGAAGAUUCAGAGGCUAAGUAUAGUCACCCACAAAGAUGGCAAGGAUAUACACAGACAUAUUCUUUUCCCUCUCAGAAUGCUACUACAGACGUCCAACAGUCCCAACAACACAAGUAGAAAAUAUAUUUCUAGAUAAAAGAAAUGUAGCAAUAAUACAUUCAUUUUUUGUUUCACUAUCUUGCAAUGUGUAUGUUUUUUAGGAAAUAUUGCAAUAAUAGCAAUAAACGAUAUGCUUUCGAUGCUUCAACAAUACAGUAAACAAAUCUUAUUAAGGCAUUAAAAUUAUAUCGUAUCAAAAUUCUAAAUUAUAUAUUUUACAAAGUGGUGCAUUGAGAAUGCAGGAAGCAAAAUCAUUUUAUAAAUUUAAUUACUAUAUCAUAGAAAAUAAUCCUACUAUAUAUAUAUAUAUAUAUAUAUAUAUAUAUAUAUAUAUAUAUAUAUAUAUACAUACAUAUAUAUAUAUACACGCAUAUAUACAUACACAUAUACAUACAUAUAUAUGUAUAUGUAUAUAUAUAUUUAGUUAUCGAUUAAACGUAGUUCUAAUUCUGCAAGUGCAUUAACAUAACAUUGACAUAUAAUCAAUAUGAAUAGUAUAAUUAUUACUUUUAUAACGGGUUUAUAACAAAUGUUUAAAGAGGAAUAUUACUAUGUAUGGAUACAUUACAUGAUUAGUAUUAUGGCAACAAUCUUUAAUUAUUUAUCAUUAUUAUUAUGAAAGAAACCGUGUAAAUAUGUACAUAUCUCAUUAUUGAGUUAUGCAAAAAUAAUUGGUAAUCUAUAUUUAUAUUUUAAGACAAAUUUUUAAAAAAUAUUGUUAUAUUUUGUCAUGCAGAAAAUCAAGAACAAAUACCCAUUUUGUUUCAACUUUCCAUAUCAAUGAUGGUGUAUAAAGAUAUGGCAUGAAUGAAUUAUUCUUGGACUUAUACAAAAUUAUUUUUUAUUAUACGAAAGGACUGUAAAGACUAAUAACUAUCUUUAUCCUUAUAUACAAAACUAAAAGGGAAAAAAUGAUAUAGGCAAGAAUAUAAGCCCCUUAAUGUUUGGUACAAAUGUCAUAGAGAUCAGAAUUGCAAGAAAAAAAAA